CAAAGUAGAAUCGGCGGAUUCAAGACUCGGGGUGUGUACUACAGCCAAAAAUUGUAACUCGACCGGGUCUACUAAACUCAAAAUCGUCGCCACUUACUAUAAUAGAAGUCAACAGUGUUCUGACAAAUAAACUAACAUGUGAACUCAGUGAACAAAAUUUCAGCAUCGACCAACCUAUCAGACACAGUGACCAUUAUCCGAAGAAAUGGGUAUCAGAAAAUGCAGAAUAAUUGGUUAGUCAACAGAUUGACCUAGUAGUAGUGUAGAUAGAAGUGGAGUGAACAUGUUUCGUGAAACCAAUAAUGUAUUGCCGAACUCGUAUCCAUACAAGAAAACUCUGCUUCUGCUGCUUUUAUUUCUCACACAAAUAAUGCGAGUUUUUCCCGAACAAGAUGAGGACAUACCACAUAACGAGGUGAAAAAUUGGGCGCUCAAAUUUGGAGUUGAUCUAUGGGAAUAUGGUAAAUUGACGACUCGAAUGAAGGAACUGCAAAAAAAAUACCAUGACGUUGAUAUAGAUGUUGUAAGAAAAGAUGGACUUAUAUUAAUUAGAGAAAUGGCUAUGGAAGUAAAAAACAUGAUGGACUUCAAAAUGAGUGCUGUUAUGAGGAUAAUGGACUCAGCGGAACAAGCUGCAUUGACUCCUCGAUCAGACAAUGGCCAGCCGUUCCGAUUUUAUAAUGCUAAAAGACUGAAUGCGUUCGGCGAUGAUGGUAGACCUGCCGAAGGCACUAGAGAAAUGAUUCUCACUCCAAAUGCUCAUUUCGACCAUCUUCCUGUUAAUACAACUCUUAGUUCUAUUCUUAUGCCUAAUAACGUUGGAGAAAGUGAUACCGAUGUUAUGAAUGCAAUCCAAUGGUCCGAAAACCUAGAUCCAUUAUUUAUUAAUAAUUACGAAGGAGAUCCUACGUUAUCAUGGCAGUUUUUCGGAAGUUCCACUGGUUUUUUACGACGAUAUCCAGGUAUUGCUUGGCCUCCAGAUGAUACUAUCUCCACAGUAUGGCAAAGGCCAAGAAGUGAUCGGAACGUUUACGAUUUCCGAUCUUCUGCUUGGUACGUAAACGCAGCAACUUCUCCAAAAGACUUAGUUAUAUUAAUCGAUAACUCCGGAUCAAUGACAGGGCAUAGAGCCAACUUAGCGAGAGCUACAGCAGAGGCUAUCCUAGACACUUUAUCCGAUAACGAUUUUGUAAAUAUUUAUUCGUUUUCUGACACAACGCAAGAAAGUGUGCCAUGUUUUAAGGAUCAGCUAGCGCAGGCAAAUGACAAAAAUAUUAAAUAUUUGAAAGACUCUUUAGGGACCUUAAAACCCGAAAAUAUAGCUAAUUUUACAUCUGCAUUAGUCACUGCUUUUGAAAUUCUUCAGAAGUAUAACAGGUCAGGUCAGGGAUGCCAAUGUAACCAAGCUAUAAUGUUAAUAACUGACGGCCCUCCAUCUACGUACAAAGAAAUUUUCAAAAUGUACAACUUUCCACAUAGUCCAGUUAGGGUGUUCACGUAUCUGAUUGGCAAAGACUCGAGCAGUGCAAGCCAAGUCCAUUGGAUGGCGUGUGCGCAUAAAGGAUAUUAUACACGGAUACAAAUGUAUGACGAGAUACGGGAAAAGGUGCUACAUUACAUUGAGGUAAUGGCUAGGCCAAUGGUGAUGUAUCAAAAUGAUCAUCCCAUAUACUGGACUCCUGCAUACGUUGGAGGAAGGGCUGACAGCUUCUCUGAUGAUAAACGUGGCCAACUCAUGACAACCGUUUCGACUCCAGUUUUUGAUCGCCGGAAUCAUUCUGUUCGAGUUGCCAAUGUUUUAGGUGUUGUAGGAACAGAUGUAUCUAUUGAUCAAAUCAAGAAGUUAGUUCCAUCAUACAAACUUGGGGUCAAUGGUUAUUCUUUUAUUGUAAACAAUAAUGGUCACGUUCUUUAUCAUCCGGAUUUAAGGCCGUUGGAGAAUAACGACCUAUAUGAGGACACAUUGGAACCAAAGUACAUAUCAGCUGAUUUAACAGAAGUGGAGUUGGUUGAAAAUGAAAACGGUCCUCGAGAAAACCAUACUCUUCUUCUAGAUUUGAGGCACGAUAUGAUUGACCAGAAAGAGGGUGAGACUGAAAUCGGAGUCAAAGUGCAUUACGAUAGUAUGCGACGCGUAACUACUAGAAGGAAUAAAUAUUUUUACAAUCCCAUAGAGGGAACACCAUUUUCAUUAGGUCUGGCUAUUCCAGAAGGCUACGGCAUGUAUGAGCUCUUAGCUGAGCAGGAGAUAAAACAUAGUCAAAAGAAUGUGAGUGACUAUUUUAAGGGUGAAAACUGGAGAGUACAUCCUGACUGGGUAUAUUGUGAAUACACCAGUGGUACUUCAGGAGAGCAGUGGUUUAAAACCGCCGAAGAGCGUGUGCUACACUUUCUCUUGAGGAGCCGAAGGCCAGGAUGGAAAUGGAUGUCUCUCAGACCCAGGUCACCCUUACAAAGAGAGCACCAUCAUGCCUCUACAAAGCAAGACAAGGACGCCUAUUACUGUGACAAAACAUUAAUACAGUCUCUCGUUUUGGAUGCUAUGGUAACAGAAGGUUUAGAAAAACAUCCUAUUAGGUCUGACAAACACCAAGGCUAUGAAAUUUUUGGAUCUACGCUGUCAUUUGUGGCUACGAGAAGCGGACUUCUACGGUGGACAAACCUAACGAAUAUCAAAACAAACGAGCCACAUUUUAGUGAAAAUAACGUCAGAGCAAUGGACGAAACUUGGUACAAGAGAGCUGUCGACCAGCAUUCUAUAGAGCCAGAAAGCUUUGUUUUUUCGGUACCUUUUGAUAUUGGAUCAUAUGGAAAACCUUUAAUAACGGCCACACAUGCUGUUUUUGUUGAGCAUAAAGGUCAUAGGGCACCUGCUGCAGUUGUGGGAUUGCAGUACCAGCAUUCCACUUUGGCCUCACACUUUUUCAACAUAACAUCCAAGUGCACAGGAUCUUCUUCUUGCAAAAAGACAUGCGCAAGUGACAAGCUCGAUUGCUACGUUCUUGAUAAUAACGGUUUUAUAAUAAUUUCUGAAAAUAAUGAUGAUACUGGUCGAUUUUUUGGCCAGAUAGAUGGAACUAUUAUGGAUUCUUUGGUUCAAGAUAGAAUUUACGUAAAAGUACCAGUAUACGAUUAUCAGGGAGCUUGUUCUAAUAGUAAAUUUCACUUUAGUGGAAGUUCCAACAAAUUAUCGAUAUUUAUUCCAGUGAAUACGCUUUUUGGUUAUAUAAUUCAAAUGGUUUUUUCUCUGUUGGUUAAUUUAAAUAUGGCUUACACGAAUGCUUUAGCCUAUAAUCGAGAUGAAAGUGAUGAUCUAUUUGGCGUUUAUUCCGAUUAUGAAAUAGAGCAGUACACAACUGGCGAAGAAAUAACAGAUGAGCAAGACACAGUAUUUUCUCCUCCUUCGAACACUUACUCGCCAUCUUUUAUUCCACCAUAUGAGUCUGAUCCUAUGGAAGGCGUUGAUGUCGGCAUCAGACCUUGCGAUCGGAAGGUGGACCUGUACAUUUUACAACCAGAGAAGUUGAACACUAGUGGCCAAAGCAAUCCUUUGAAAGGAAAGCUUACGAAUUGUCAUAGUAGCGGCUGUGAAAGACCAUUUAGUGUACAAAAGAUACCACACAGCAACUUGAUAUUGCUGGUGGUGGACACAGUAUGUUCUUGUGGUAGCAAACAACUAAGCAUUAUACCUCAAGAAGUUAGUUAUGAAUCCAAAAACGGAGGUUGUCUCCAUAAACCAAAAGAUAGUCUUUAUAGAAAACGACCUCCAAAAUGUAUUAACUAUCACCCAGAGGAAACAGAAAUUCAUCUUUGUGGAAAGGCAUCUGGAAUGCCUACUAACGUUGUUGCAGUUUUGAUAGGUUUUGCUAAUUGCCUUGUCGCUUGUCUAUCGUGAUUAGAUUCAUAUAAAUUCUAGGUUUAUUAAAAUAUUGACUAUGACGUAAUGUACUAUGUCACCUAUAAUUUAUACUAAUUAUAAAGUUAUAACGUAAAAUCAUUUGCAAAUAGAUACAUAGUAGGUAAAGUUUUUGUAUUGACAAAGUCAAAUGGUACUAGUUAAAUUUUUAAUAUAAUUUAUAAAAUAGAGGAGUAAUUUUGAUGUACUUGUACAUAUCAAAAGUUGUAGACAGUGAUUUUUCGAAAUGAUAUCAUAUAUUUUUGAAAAAACACUUAAAAGUUCCAAAUUUUUAAGAACUCCUUAUAGACUUAGAGCCGGUAUAGGUGAAAUUUGCGAAUCAUUUUAGGCACGAUAAGAGUCUAUAACUUAAAUACUAGAACCUAAAAGAAAACGUAUAACGUAUGCAUACGUCGACAGUGGCGCACCGAAAUUUCCACAUAUCUUAUUAUUAACAUGGCAUACAUCAAAGUGUAUAGGUGACUAUCUCAUUACUAAGGUUCUGUUCUUGGGGCGUGAUACAGCUCGCCUGCGUUGUGUACUCCUAUCCAUUAAUUAAUAUUCCUUAACCAGGAUAGUUGUUUGCGGCCGACUCCUCUCCUACCUUAGAUCUUCCCUUGUAGGAUUAACUGAGGUAUUUUAUAUUUGGCUCCUCUUAAUAUGUCCCCAAGGUAACUAAUCUUGCGUUUCUUAAUUAAUCCAAAGAGUUCUCUUUUCACGUCGUCUCUCUUAAGGACGUCAUCGUUUCGAACUCUAUCGACCCACGGUAUGCGCAUCAUUCUUCUCAAUGACCACAUUUCAAAUGUUUCAAGUUUGCUGAUUGAUGUUCUUUUUAAAGUCCACGUUUCCAUGCCAUAAAGCAAGAUGGACCAUAUUAUGUAGUUGACCAUUAUGUAGCGUAUUUCGAAAUUUAGGUUUUGAUUACAUAGGAGCAGUCUGAAUUUCAUAAAAGCUUGUCUUGCCAUUUGUAUUCGGGUUUUUAUUUCAUGUUGUGGACCCCACUGGUCAUUUAUUGUGGUGCCAAGUUGUUUAAAAGUUUUCACGCAUUGUAUGCGAUCGUCACCUAUGCAUAUUAUCAGGUCUUCUGGAGGGGUUCUGCUAAUGACUAUAUAUUUCGUUUUCAAAAUGUUGAUCUUGAGCCCAUAGUUUUUACCUAUGCUAUUCACCCUUUUUAAUAAUAACUGCUGAUCUUCCAAAGUGUCGGUUAUAAUCACUGUGUCGUCCGCAUAACGUAGGUGGCUAAUUGGUAUGCCGCUCACCUUAAUGGCUAAUUCCGUGCCUCCUAAUGCUUCCGCGAAUAUAUUUUCCACAUAUGGACGGGCUAAAUACAUUAAAGGGUACCCUCCCUAACUCCUAAAAUUAUUUUUUUUUCAUUCUUUUAAGUUCUAUGUGAUUAAAGAAUAAGAGCGCAGUUAUAACCCAUUAACCCCUCCCCAAAAACGUCAUGGUGCGCCACUUUCGACGCAUGUGCUCGAAAGUGAAGUGCUCAUACGUUUUCUUUUAGGUUCUAAUUAAGAAACCCUUAUGGUGCCUCAAAAUGAUUAGCAAAUUUAACCUAUCCCGCCUCUUAGUGUAUUACUGUUACUUGAUUACUAUUUUAAUGAUAUGUGGAAGUAAUGUAUUUCUGUACAAGCAUUACAAUAAAAAUACCAUAUCGCGUUAUUCAGUGCAUAUGAAUUAGUAGCUAGUUCGCUUGUUAACAUUUAUUUGAAUUUCACAUAUCUAAAAAAGUUAAUCUUCAUGUCACACGAGAGGCAAUUAUCCUCCAACUCCAAAGAUUCAAUAGAAUCCACCAUCGAUAUGCCCAAAUGUCUAAAAAUGUAAGAGCUGAGACCACAAUACUCUAAAUUUGGGGUUGGACUCAUGCAAAGUCCAAAUAAAUACACAAUAUUGCAAUAAUAUUCCAACUCUGAGUCUGGGAUUCAAAAUCUACGUAUUCAUAUACAAGUAGACAUUUUUUUAAUGUGACUCCAUAUAACUUUGGGGAUGUGUUUUGUCGGUAGACUAUUGGUCUACAUGUUUUUCUUAUAUUUCACCUUUUCUCAUUUUGGUUAUCCAAUUUUGUUAACUGUGUUUCUUCUAACAUCUUCUUAUUGAGGUUACUAUCCAUGACGAAUGUUAGCGAUGAUGAAGGAAAUCUUCUUUAUCUUAUCUGCAGUGGUGCGGAAAAACUGCACAGAUAUUGUGUUGAACCAGGUUCAGAGGUUAUUCAUGUUGUUGUUCUUCCAGGACCUCGCUUUUCAAAUAUUCUUCCUUGCCAGAUGGCUUGUAGGAGGGCAUAUCUGGAUUAAAUUCGCAUAACGUGUCAGAAGUAUUGUAACUUUCGAGAUUUGAUGGUGGAUGUCAGUUGUCAGUCCACGGGAUCUCUAGUAUUCUCCAAUAUAACCACAUCUCAAAUGCUUCCAAUGUUCUGCAUGUAUGUUCGUUCAAGGUCCACAAUUCAGCACCAUAAAAAAGGACAGAGAAGACGUAGCAUCGCAGCAUUCUUAUUUUUGAACCAAGAGAGAGGUUAUGGACCUUGAAGAAUGCCCCUAUCCGGUUGAAUGUAGAGAUCUAGCUUUUCCGAUGCGCUCUCUGAUCUCCUGAUUGUUGGGCCAAUCUUCAUUUAUUAUGGUACCGAGGUAGUUCUAGUGCGUCACUCUUCCUACUGGAGUUUGUAAGGACUUGUAGGUCUUCUAGGUUGUCCGCAAAUACUAUGGUGUCAUCUGCAUAUCUGGUGUUGUUUAGCCGGUACCCAUUUAGAAGAAUGUCUUUUUCGGUUUGGUGCAAAGCUUCGAUCAAUAUUCUUUCAGAGUAAAGCUUUAAGAUUAGACAAGACUACAGCCUUGCCUCACUCUACGCACAAUUUUAACAUUUUCGGUGCGUUCACCUUCAACUCUGAGACUUGCGGCCUGAUUCCAGUAAAGGUUUCCAAUUAUUUUUAGAUCUUAGUUGUUAAUUCCUACUUCUUUUAUUGUUUGCGUCAUCUUGAUGGAUUGUACUUGAUCAAAAGCUUUCUCGUAAUCAACCAGACAUGCUUAUAUGCCGCAAUUGACGUCUCUGCAUCUCUGGAAUAAGACUUGUACUCUCUCUUACCAACAGCACUUUUGAACUAGAACUGGUUGGGAGAAAUUUGAUAAUAAUGAUAAUAAGAAAAAAUAGAUAAGAAGGAUGAAAGAUAGAAAAGAAACUAAAAAUAUUGGUAAAGUAAAGUAAAAUCUUAGUAAAAGUAAUGUAAGCAUAUUAAAUUAAAAUUUCUAAGACGGUUAUAUUAUGAAUAAUACACAUGAAGAUAUGAAGAAUGAAUAAAAGUAAAUAAAAAUGGAGCAUCUAUACAUAAAAUAAAUAUUACCAAUAAUCAAAACAUAACAAAUAAAACCGUUAAGUAAAAUCGGAAUGUUCCAUCACAAUAGUUAGAAUUUACUAAUAAUUUUCCGAUUAACUCUUCUUUUCUUUGGGUUCAUCUCAAGAUUUUGUACUUAAAGGUAACUUCUUGAUUUGAGUAAAUUGUUGGUAACGGUAAGUCAAAAACUUAAAGUAGCCAGAGGCGGAAACCAAUAGACGGAGGGAGAUUCAUGCACAACAAUCUUUGAGUGAAAGCUAUCUGGAAGUCAUGGUCCUUCGGUUGUUGUUAGUGCUUUUAGGGCGCAUUGCGCCUAUUGGAGCUAUAGUAAUAUAAUAUUUUUGGAUUUCUACAGUUUCUGCAAUAUUUUUAGAAUAAAAGUAGAGGUAUUGUGUAUUGGAAGAAGUGUUUUACAACAAUUACACAUCCGUGGAUUGUAAGAUUGAUAGUAAUGACAACAAAAAUCCUGAAAAAAUAGUAGAAUAUAUAAAAUUUUGUAUAUGCGUCCUUAUUGUCAUAACCAUAGAACCUAUAUUGGAUACGAUUUAAAUAAUUUGUGAUUUUGGUUAUAACUAUAACGGAUCUGACUAAAAAAAUAGGUGGAUACUUGCCACUUGUGUGAUUGUUUCUAAGGGUUGAUCGUCUCGAGUCGUUGCGUUGUAUGAGUCUUCUCAUAUAGCAGACAAUAAUCGCUUGUUGGAAAUGUCUCUUUCUCUCUUUAUAUGCGUGUACAUUGUACAUAUUAUUACCUAAAUAUGAAUAGGAAAUGUAAAAUUUAUAUCUUUUAAAAUUUUUCUAAACUUUUAUGUAGGUCAUUUAGUAUGAAAUAGCCUAUAGCAUAAUUUUAUACGUUAAAAAUUUGUUUGUUAUUAAAAGAACCUACAGAAAUAAAAUAACAUAAAUAAAUUGUAUAUUUUGAACGUUAAUAGAUAAGAAUGUCUGUGUUAACAUACAAAGUGUUUUAAAAAUAUCCUGAACUGUCAACAUAAAACUAGAAAACCCCAAACUUUUGCUUAUUAACAGUGAAUUAUAUAUACAAAAUCUUUAUAGCAAAAAUUUAGUUCUUCUUCUCGUAGCACUACAACUCGGGGUAGGUCUUGGCUGACUGCACAACUCGCUUCCAUCUCGAACUCUUUUCAAUGAUAUUUGACCAAGUGGAUAGUCCCAUUGUUCUUAAAUCUGACAUGACCAUAUGGUAUCUCUCCAUCGCAUUCGUGAAUGUUCUAAGGGCCUUCUCCCUGCCUGGUCUUCCUCUCAGAUUUACUUGGUAAGGUGCUUAUUAGGGAGUCUAUGGACAUGGCCAGCCCAUCUUAGACGUUGAGAUUUAAUCUCUUGGAGUAUGUUGCUAGCCCUAAAAAUCUAUUUGAUCUUGGCUUCGGUAUUGAUUAGUACUAGGAUCGUGAUAAGGUCCAAGGAUUCUUCUGAGGAUUUUUCUCUCAAAACAUCUGAGUUUUCUUUCCAUUGCUUUUGUCAGCAUCCGUCUUACACCCAGAGCAACUUCAUGAGCACCAGUCUAAUCACUGUUUUGUAUAACCUGAUUUUUUAUGUUCCUGUUAGGCUCUUGGAUUUAAUAAAGUUGUGGAGGAUAUGCACAUAUCUAUUUGCUGUCUGAAUUCUCCCUAUUAUCUCUUCCGUGAUAUCGUUAUCUGCGGUGAUUGUCGCUCCGAGACAUUUAAAACUCUACAUUGUUACCUUUUGCCCUAUUCUAUCUUAUCUCCUGUGCCUGUUAAUACACAUAUAUUUGGUUCUCAUCAUUGACGCAUAGACCGAUUUUUUUGUAUCUAUCUCUAAUUAUACCUAAAUCAAUAUCCUAAAUUAUAUCUAAAAGCGAUAUACCAAUUUCUUUAAAACGUAAAACAUUUGACCAAUGUGUGUUGCCUGUGAUGACUUAUGGUGCCGAAACUUUGACAUUGACAGCUACAACUUCCAAAAUGCUGCAAAUAGCUCAGAGGAAAAUGGAAAGGUCAAUGCUGAGUAUAUCGCUUCGUGACCGAGUUAGAAAUGAAGACUUAAGACGCAGAACAGGAGUUACCGACGUAAUUUCCCGAAUUGCCACCCUGAAAUGGAACUGGGCCGGACACGUCGCCCGAAUCAGUGAUGGGAGGUGGAUGAAGAGAUUACUUGAGUGGAGGCCGAGAUUAGACAAAAGAAGUAGAGGAAGACCACCUACUCGUUGGACUGACGAUCUCAAGAAAAUGUCAAGAAAUUGGAUGCAAAGUGCUAAAAAUAGAGCACAAUGGAUAAAAAUGAGGGAGGCCUAUGUCCAGCAGUGGACGCAAAGGGCUGGAUGAUGAUUUCUAAUUUAUUAAAAAAAUGUGUUAGCCCACUUACUAGAAUGUUGUUAAAGUAGGGAUAUCCCUCUAUAAUUAGAGCACUUGGUUUUGUCUCUCUUUUUAAGGAUAGCACUUUGUAAAUUGUCUAUGUAAAUUUUCUCGUCCGUACUUAAGAAAUUCGACCAGUAUAUUGUCGCAGACUGGAGCUUUUGUGUUAUUCAAUUUAUUAAUUGCAUGCAAUGCUUCGUCUAUUUUUGAGUCCUCUACUGGUAGGUCCACCCAAAGAUAUAUAUUCUCUUCCUCUUGAUGUAUACUACAUUUUUAAAAUAUGCCAUGUUUGGAGCAGCUCCCGAUUUGUAAAAUGCUAAACUAUUUGACUGUUGUUUAUUUCUUUCCAUUUCUUCGUAUUGCUGUUGCUCGUAUUUCCCUUCUCUUUAAUUAGUUUUCUUGUUUCUCGUCGUGAUGUUGUAUAGUUUUCUAUACUCUUAUUGAAGCAUAAUGUUUCGCUUUUUAUGUCUUGUAGUUUUUCUUGCAAUUCUUUAUCAAAUCAUAGCCUUGCUCUCAUCAUGGUUAUUCGUAUGAUUAGUUCUACUGUCUCAGUAACUGAUUUUUCCAUUUGUUGUCACAACCUUUCGACAUCACGGCUCUGGUCUACUAUACAUGUAUUUAUAUGUUUUUUUUUCAUUUCCUCUACGUAAUUUUCUCGGAUUUUCUCAUUUUGUAUUUUCUCGAUGUUCCACUAUCCCAAUGCUUCAUUCGUUUUUAGUUUCUGUGAUGAUGUUCUCAACCUGAUUUUUGCUCUCAUUAGAUAAUGACUCAGAACAUCACUUUCAUGUCUAGCAUUAACAAUUACGUUGUCAAUUUGGUUCUGUGUGGAGUUGUCGUUAAAGACUCAAAUCUCUUUAUACUUUAGCUCUACGAGCCUUUGUUCAUUAUUGUUUAAGAUAUAGUGGAGGCUAGAGUGGAGUUCGUAUAGCAGUUUUCUGAAACAACAAUAUCCAGUCACCAUUUUUGUGACCGUUUUAAUCUCUCGUGUAUUGAGCUUCAUCAAAUUGUCUGAGAGUUUUUUAUCAACAUUCUUGAUUAUUUUCUUAGUCUGGAUUUGCCCUUGAGUAGCUCUCCAUCUCUUUCGUAAUUCCUUAUCAGCCACUUCUGAACACCGUUUUUUGAAGCCUCUUUGAUGAUGCCACAGAUUGGUUCUGGGCCUACAAAAGUUUAUCUCGAGCCUUGUUUUGGGUAAAUUAUUGAAGACCUAUCUCAAAAAGACUAAGAAGGAAGAUAAUACAACUGUUUAAUUAGAAUUACACAAGAUAAGCAAUAACGUUAUAUCAUUAUUGUGCUUUUAAAUUUGGUUUUUUAGCGGUAAAUUUAGUGAUAAAGUAACAUUAUUAUAUAUUUGUACGAUUUUAAAAUUGUCCCUCAAAUGAUAUCAAAAAAUAAUAUAUUUACUUAGGUAAAUUAAUUUUAGUAAAAUUGGCAAGCGCAAUUACUCUUUUUUAAAACACUCUGUAACUAACUUGUUAAAUACUUAGAUAGGUUAAAUUAAAAUUGCUUUUCUUUGUAAAACUUAUACAAAAAUUUCCUAUCUCUUAACACAUCGAUUUACAAUUUUAAAAAAAAAUUGUAAUAUAAGACCCCUGUUGAGCUGGCCCCCUCAGCUUGCGGAAAUUAAAAAACAAAUAGCGCUAAAUUACGAGCUAUUUUUGAGCUUUUGUAUCUCGCAGAUUAAAAAUUUUGAGCUCGUUAUACUGGGCAGGAAUUUAAUAUUUUUAUGGUCCAGACUCAGCCCCCCUCUACUUAAAAAUAUAGAUAUUGAAUCUAUAGUUGCGACAGAAUUACUAUUUAUGAGCUUUAGAAGUGAUAUAGUUUCGAUUUUAGAGCUCAUCCCAUUAACCUCGACACAACCCUUUAAUUGAUUCAACUCAAGAGAAAAAUGUUGAGAAAAAUUAAAAAACAUCGUAUAGCGGAUAUAUAAUUCGUAUAGCGUAUAUAUUUUAAGAAUAAACUAUUAAAAUACGCUCAUUUGGAUUAUUGAGCUACAACAGUUGUUACUCCUUCACAAGAAAACCUCCCCAUUUUUGUCGACUUAAGAGGGAACUGUACUUAAAAUGAAUAAAAUUAAUUUUGAAACUACAUGUCAUUUACUAAUUUAUGAGCUCACAAAAUACGCGCAUUUCUAUUAUUUAAUUGCAAUUUCUUUUGUAGGAAUAUUUUAUAUUUAGCUUUAUAGGUUAAACAUAAAAUGACCGUUUUGGAGUGUAAUUUUCAGAGCUACGGCGGAUUUUCUUGAAAAUUUGGAUUUAGGUUUUACUUACCCUCCAUUUAAAGUUGGACUUGGGUUGUUGACUGUUUUUACUUGAGGGUGAAAGUCACCCUAGACUUUUAUAAAAAAAAAUAAAAGUAAAGCUUUUUUUAAACACUUUUAAAAAGUUUCAAUGAGUUUUCUCCGAAAAGUGCUUCACUUUUUAGUUAUUUCACGUUGAAAUAUUCCAUUUGUUUGGCGAAUAAGAACGUAUUUUUCAUGAGCUACAACUUGGCUUUUAUUGGGCCUAUAGACUUCAUGAAUCCACCAUUUUUUUUCGUUUUUUUAUAAGCUACAUUUUUACUAAGAAUAUUUCGAUACUUACUUUUUGAGUUAUUGGCGACAAACCGCAUGAAAACGUGUUUUUUGUUGAAAAAUAAACAUUUUCACUCGCAAAUAACUCGAAAAGUAUUGACUUCGUUAAAAAAACUCUAUAAAACAAAAGUUCAUUAGAAUUAGGCAAUUUAUCCCUCUCCAAACUUAUUUUAAACGUAUCUUUUUCGCCCUCGAGUAACUUUUACCCUCAAGUAAAAACAACCAACCGCCCAAGUCCAACUUUGAAUUGGAGGGUAAGUACAAAUUUUCAAGCAAAUCCGUCGUGACGCUGAAAAUUAUGCUCCAAAACUGUAAUUUUAUAUUUUGCUUAUAAGGCUAAACAUAAAAUAUUAGUACACAAGAAAUUUCAAUUCAAUCAUCGAAAUCCGUGUAUUUUGUGAGCUCAUAAAUUAUUCAACGAUAUUUAGUCACAAAAUAUUAAUUUUAUUCAUUUUAAGUACAAUUCUCUCUUAAGCCGGAAAGAUGGGGAGGUAUUUUAAUAUUUCUCAACAUUAUUGUCUUGAGUUGAAUCAAUUAAAGGGUUGUUUGGGGAUUAAGAGGACGAGCUAAAAAGUCGAAACUAUAUCAUUUCGAAAGAUCAUAAAUAGCUCGUAAUUCUGCCGCAGAGAUCAUUUCAAUAUCUCUAUUUUUAAGGGCUGACUCAGCCCCCACAAAUAAUAUUAAAUUCUAGCAUAACGAGAUCAACAUUUUUAAUCUGCGGGAUAUAAAAGCUCACAAAUAGCUCGUAAUUUACGGCUAUUUAUAAAUUUCUGCAAGAUGGAGAGGGGCCACCUCAACAUAGGUUAAAUUAAGACAAUACAUAUGAUAAAACUGUGAAUAUUGAGAUACAGGUUUAUAUAGAUUAGUCCACAAAAUAAUCUGCUAUAAUGUAAAUAAUGUAUGUAUGUACGUAACCUUAUUUACUGUCAGCCUUAUUUAGACUACUCGCGAAUGCUCAAUAGUCUGGUCAGCUGAUAAAUUCACCCGAGCAUGUGCGAAGACUUGAGUCAUUAUCACUGAUAUAGAACCUGGAUCAGGCAAAAGUUCAAAGCUGCGUAGGCUUAAUUCUAAGUCUACAUGUACUUGAACCAUUGCCCGAUCUUCAGAAAUGGCUACAUUUUAAGCUGCAUAAGAGAUUUAUUGUUCCAUUGAUCAGACAAUGGUUCAUGCGCGUCUGACGUUGAUAGCAUUAUGCACACUUUUGUUAGGAAUCUUCCUCUGUAGGGGCGAAUGCUAAAUUUUUACGUUGUUUAAUUACGUCAAAUAUUUUCACUUCUUUUACAUAAAAGACAUUAGAUAUUAACAUAAUCAAAUCUUUGUUUAAAUGUAUCAUCCUACAUGGACUUGUUGUCUUCUUUUAGAUGAGUAAGACACUGUUAAUUGUUGGUCUCAGAAGCUAACACCGGCAGAUCAGUAAAGCAAAAAUGAUCUAAAAAAUAUACAAAGAGUAUAAUUGGGGUACCUUUACUAUUCUUAUUCUUCUUCUUUAAGUGCCGCCUUCGAAUCGGAGGUUGGGCAUCAUCAUCAGUAUCUUUAGUCUAUCUACCUGCUGCUGUGAAGAGUUAUAUUGACCUACAUUUAAGCAAAUCCCUUAAAAUUUUCAAACACGAUACUCUCCCUCGUUCUAUGCUCCUUCCUCCUCUUAUCUUUCCUUGCAUUAUCAAUCUUAGCAUUUCAUAUCGCUGUCCCUACAUUACGUGUCCCAGAUAUUGUAACUUUCUUAUUUUUAUUGUGCUUAUUACAUAUAUCGAAUUCUUUGCCCAUUUCUCGCAUUACGUCCGAGUUCGUUUUCUUCUGUGACCUUGCUAUUCUAAGCAUCCUUUUGUAACACCACAAUUCAAAUGACUGGAGCUUAUUUAUGUUUUCUUGCUUCAGUGUCCACCUUUCAAGUCUAUAUUAUAAUAUCGAAAACACAUAACCUCUCAGAACCCAUAUUUUCAGGACCAAUCUAAGGGCUUUAUAGCAGAGACUUGUUUUCAUUUUUACAAACACAUUUCUUGCUAUUUUUAUCCUGGCCCUUAUUUGUGUUGUUUGAUCAUUAUUUUUUUAAAUUUAGGUUCCCAAGUAUUGUUUUAUCCUUUCUAACGGUACGUUUCCCAAAUGUAAGUUUGUAGGUAUAUUUGUUUUUUUUUGUGAUUCUCAUUGUAAUAUAUUAGUCUUCUUUAUAUUCAUUUUUAGUCCAUAUUUCUCACAGAAACUGCUUGUCUUGUUUAGUAGUAGUUGGAGUUGUUCAUCAGAGCUUGCCAUAAUCACGGUGUCAUCUGCGUAUCUUAUGUUGUUAGUAGCUCUUCCAUUAAUUAUUAUUCCUUCAGUUGUUAUAGUAAUACUUGUUCAAAAAUGGAUUAAAUAUAUACGUUGAUUAGUAAUGGAGACAUAAUAUAUCCUUGUCUAACUCCUUCCCUGGGUUCGUUAUCUAUUAGAACUUGUGCUCUUUGAUUCCAGUAAAGGUUUGUUAUUAUUCUCUUUUGUCUAUGUUUUCUGUCUUUAGAAUUUGAAUUAACUUUUCAUGUCUUACUUUGUCAAAUAUUUUUUCAAAAUCAACCUAACAAACACACACAUCCAUAUUUAUAUACUUACAUGCAUAUUUGAGCUAUCGCAUUAAAAACAAGUAACGCCCCCUGGUUCCUAGUCCGUUUCUGAACCCAAACUGACUAUAAUCGAUUCCUUUUCAAGAGUUUUAGACAUUUUUGAGUGAAGAGCCUUAGAAGCCCUAAAUGUUUCACAUGUGACACAAGCCUGGUUAGAACUAGCAGUAAUUCUGUAAAGCAUUGGGCUAAUACUACAUAUUAACGAGCUAAGCUUCAUAAGAAAUCAACUAAAGGCAAGGGAGAGAAUCAUAAAUCAGUAAGGAAUAAACGAUUAAGAUGAUAAAGUUUUCCGUUAAGAUUUUGCUUUAAGGUUUUCCGUUAAGGUUAGGCGUCUCUUGACGUAUUUAUUCAUCGUAAAAAUUUAGAAGCCUUUACUAGGGCCAGUUUGAUUUUACAUGAAAAUGACUGAGAAAUUGUACUAGUUAGUAAUGUCAUAAUAUAAAUAUCAUAGAAAUAAUUCGCGCACUAUUCUAAUGUUAUAGAUAAAUACACUAUUAUUAUUAUUAUAAGCAAAGGACAUGCUACCAAAAGAUUUUGAACUAUUUUUGGGUUUUCUGACUAAAACGUUAUUUCACUUGUGAAACGAUUUCAGGUACAUACAUUAUCAGAUGCAGUUAUUGCUCUACGUAGUUUGUUUGCUGUAUUUGUUUUUGCUUAAAAAAAGUUAGAUUCAAAUAAAAGUAUAGGAAUAAUUUGCUCAGAGGAUCUAACGUCUUGCACUAAACUUAUUAGUUAUGCAGUAUCUUCCACAGAACAUGCAUGCCAGAAAACUUGUUAUUGCUAUUCUCAUGUCUCCGAUAUUAAUAAAUUGUAUUUUAAGUCUGAGGCUUUAGGAGGAAUCAACAAUUAAUACGUUUCACACAUCUCCAGUCUUGUUGUAUUGAAUAUUCUGUCGCAGUACUGGUGACAGUGCUGCGACAAAACAACAAAUUAACAUUUUUCUCAACGCACCAUUGAAAUUUAAAAGUAACGUCAUCACUUUGCCUACUUUGCAGUAUUAUUUGUAAUAACCCUUUUAGUUUGCCUUUGGCGUAGAAUAUCUCUUCAACAGACUACGCUAAGUCCUUUUUCCUAUUUUAGAAAUUAUUCCAAUAUGCGACUCUUUAGAAACCUCAGAUUUUGGACCUAAAAACAAAUGUGGGUUUCAUUUUUAACAGUAGUAUCAGUAAUUUCAUUAGCAACUGUUCCUUUAUGCCAUGACUUGCAUUACAAAGUUACUUUAUUGUAAUUCGUCAGUUGCUUAUUCUUUUUCAUGUUCGUCACACUUUAGGAUAUUGGCGAUCAUCAUAGCCCAUUUACUCUGUCUGCAGUGGUUUUGAACAAUUCUACUGUUGUUUUUUUCACUCUACUGCUUUACAUUUUUCAACCAGGACAUGCUUCGUCUCCCCAGUCCUCUUUUUCCUUCCACAUGUUACCAAUGUGCAGUUUAUUUUUCUUUCCUUCGUAGUGUUGAGUAUUUCUUUUUCUUUUUAUAUAUAUUAUCGGUUUACAACGUUCUCCGUCUUCCGAUACCCGUUCACCAUUCCUCUCUGUCCGCACAUUGAUCUACUUGCAGACCUCUUUCAUCCAUGGCUUUGUUUAUUCCUGUCCGCCAAUUUUUCCUCGGUCUACCUCUUCUUCUUCUACCUUGCGGCCUCCAGUUUUGUACUUGUUUUGGGAUUCUGUCUUCGUGCAUUCUUUGUACGUGACCAAACCAUCGUAGUUGUAUUUCGUUGAUUUCAUCAUUUAUUGUAUUUGUGACCUUCAUUAUUUCUCGUAUCCGUUCAUUGGUAACAUGUUCUCUUAUUGAUCUUCCUGCAGCUCUUCUCCAGAAAUCGAUUUUGGUGACCUCUAACAAUAGUUUUGAUUUUUCCUUCAUAGAUCAUACUUCGCAGCUGUAUGUUAUAAUGCUUUUCACUACGGCAUUAUAGAUUUUUUCUUGUUUUGGUUGUUUAUCUGCUUGUCCCAGAGUACUGAGUUUAGGAGCUUAAUUGCUUUGCUGACUUGAGUAUUUCGUUAUUUAAUGGCUCCGUCCAGUGUUCCACCAUUCGUGAUUUUCAUACCCAGGUAUUUAUAUUCGUUACAUUUACUGAUUGUUUCUCCUCCUUCUAGUAUCAAGUCCUGCUGCGUUCCACCGAUAUUCAUAUAUUUGGUUUUUCCUAUGUUGAUCUCUAGUCCCCAUUUCCUGUAUUCCUCUAUUAGCUUUCUUGUCAUGUAACAAAUAUCAUCGUAGUCUUGUGAUAUUAGUAUUUGGUCGUCUGCGAAACAAAGAGUAUAUAGUGUAUGGUCAUUUAAUGGGAAUCUCAUGUUCUUGCAUUUCCGUUUUCAAUUUUUAAGAGCUUGUUCCAAAUAUAUUUUAAAAAAUGUUGGAGAGAGGCAGCAUCCUUGUUUAAGCCCUUUAUUUGUCAGAAAUCCUUCGGUGAGUUUGUUUCCUUGUUUAAUUCUCGUGGUCGUGUUAUUGUAAAAAUUUUUAAUUAUUUUUAUGAUUUAUAUGUUUAUAUUUGUAUUCUCCAUUGCCUCCCAUAACUUUACCAAAGGCACACUGUCGUAUGCCUUUUUCAGAUCAAUAUAUACGAAAUGAAUCUCUUGGUUAACCGCUGUUUUCUUUUCCAUGACUUGUGUGAUUGCAAAAAGGUGAUCAAUUGUAGAUCUUCCUGCUCUAAAUCCUGCUUGUUCUUCUGCUUCCAUUUCCUUGUAUCCGUCUUCUAUUCGGUUUUUUAAGAUCCUUCCGUAUAUUUUGCUGAUUGUUGGUGUAACGGAAAUACCCUUGUAGUUAUCACAUUGUUUUCGAUCUCCUUUUUUGUAUAUUGCUGACAUAUACGAUAAUUUCCAUUCUUGUGGGACUUCUUUGUUGUCGAUGCAUCUUUGUAGUAGUUUCCUUAUGUGCUUGUAAAGUCUUGGAGUUCCGUUUUUUAUCAACUCGGCUGGAAUUCACCCAGGUCCUGGUGCUUUACCGUUUUUUAGUUCGGUACAUGCUUUCUUUAUUUCAUUGGUGGAUAGCUUUAUUGGCGAUCCUGUUACUCCUACUGUGUCCUGGGAUGGUUCUGAUAUUUCAAAUUCCUUUCUUUUUUCUGUCAGUAGGUCGCUGAGAUACUCCUUCCACUCAUUCGGUGAUAUUGCAGUUAUAAGUUCUUUUCCUGUCUCUUUGCGUAGAUUUCUAAGAAUUCUCCAGCUCUCAGUGGAUUUCCUACCUCCGAUGUAUGUAUUGAUUCGUAUACACUGCUUUUCCCAUUUUUUGUUCUUGCUCUGCCUAAUCAUUCUGCGUACGUUUGCUUGUGCUUCCUUAUAAUCUAGUUGGUCUACUACAUCUCUUGUACUCAUGUAUCUCUGAUAUUUUCUUCGCUUUUAUUCUAUUUCUGAUUCAACUUAUGGUUUGGUUUGUUCGUCCCACCAAUAUGGUUUGUUUUUUGUGUUCUUUUCUGUCCGUCCUAAGGCUUCUUCUGCGGCCGAGUGUAUCCUUUCAAGUAGGUAUAUUGUCCUUCUAUAGAUGCGUGUUAUAGAUCUUUUAAUUUUUGGUCGAGUCUUCUUUUGUAUAAAAUUUUCACACUUUCCUGUUCUAAACUAUUUAGGUUGUAUCUUAUUUGUGUAAUUGCCUCUUCAUAUUGCUUCACUUCUUUUGUCUGUUUUUCAUAUUUGUACGGAAAGAUAAGUUUUAUCCCAAGGAAAUGGUGAUCGCUACCACAAGUUAAUCCUCUAUAUGCCCUGACAUCUGGAACUAUUAUGUGAGAUUUUUGUUUUAUUAUCGCCUAGUCUAUAAUUGACUUUAGUCCCCGUGUGUUUUGUGUUCAGGUGAACUUGUGUACGUAUUUGUGUUGGUACCAACCAUUUAGUAUUUUCAACUCCAUUUGUUCGCAUAGGUCUAUAAUUCUUAUUCCGUUAUCGUUUGUCGUAUCUUCACCAUAUCUUCCAACUACUUUAUGAUUUUGUCUAUUGCCCACUCGACCGUUUAGGUCCCCUAGUAUAAUGAUUUCUCUUGUAUUUCCUAAAUGCUCUAUAGCAUGAUUUAGAUCUAUGAAGAACUGGUCUUUAAUGUGUACUGGAUAGUCAUCGUUUACCGCAUAUACUCCUAUGAUUGUUAGUCUGUGCCCAUAUAUACUCAUGUUAACUUUUAUUAUUCGCUCGUUUACCGCUUCCCACGAUGUGAUCCGUUUACGAAAUUUCUUGUGUACCACAAUAGAUACACCUUUACAUGCUCUUUGUUCCUUAGGGACCCCGCUAUAGAAGUGAUCGUAGCUGCCUAUAUUUUCCGCUCCUUGGCUCUUUUUCUUGGUUUCCGUUAGUACCGCGAGGUCAUUUUUUUUUUUUUUGGUGUUUUAGUUCACUGAGCACUUCCGUUUGCUUGGUUGAGAUUCCCUGAAUGUUCCAUGUUCCAAAUUUCAGUGUCCGUUUUCUUUGCCGAGUUCGUUUCCGCAUUUCCGUCCUUGUCCGAGAUGAUUUGGGUUUUUUAUUUUUCCGAGUAUCGAGGAAUUAGCCCGAUGCCUCAACCCCCAACCUGGAGGGCCAGGAUUUUACAUCAGAGUGUCCUUCUGUUAGAUAGAUUGCCUUCGCUACGGCUGAGGAGUUCUAUCUACCCUUUUGAUCCCAUACCAACCCUAGAAUCAAGGGGCUGCCACGUCCGCCAUCCAUACCGUACCGAAGGGUUCUUUCUUCUCCGCCAUGGCUGCCGUUGUGGUCUUCAUCCGUAACCCUGGACAAGGGACCCUAAACAGGUACUAGUUUCCCGGGUCAGGAAACCCCUGGAAUCUACGGGGGGCAGGGAUUGAUUCAUUUUCCCUGAUAGGACUGUCCAAAGGAGUUCCUACCCGCUACCCACCUUUUUCUUUUUCAUUGUUCUUAAUGUUUUCGUGUUUGUUACGUAUUGUGUCCAUGAUAUUUUCCACAUUCUUCGAUAACACCACAUUUCAAAGCUGGCAAAUCUUCCCUGUUCUCUCUCAAAGGACAGAGAAUAAGUAUAAUCUGAAUGCUCCAAUUCUAAUUUCUAUUCUCAGUUUUCAUUCCGUCUUAUUGAAAGCCCUUCUGGCCAUUCCUUCACUGGAAGGAAUCCCGUCAUGCGAAUGAGGAGCCCAGCUCCCAAGUGAACAAGUUAACUUAUAGAAUGUAUAAUAUUCUGAUUGUGUAUGAUUACACGAUUCUGUAUGAUUAAAAAAAACUUCUGGCCAUCUCAAUGCGUCAUUUUAUUUCAAGACUGCGGUACCAUUGUUCAUUUAGCUUACAUCCCAAGUAAUUGUAUCUGGGUACUUUCUCUAAAGUUUUUCCUUUAACGUAGGCUGUUUCGGCUUAAAUCUUGUUCUGACUGGCAAUCACGAUUUUUGUUUUGUUUUUUUUUUUGUAUUCAGAUCCAUUCCAUACCUCUGGCAGUACUGUGUAGUGCGAACAACGAAAAUGUACAGCUCUUCUUUGCUGCCCACAAGGAGUAUUGUAUUGUCUGCCUAUCUGAGAUUAUUCACUAGUGCUCUAUUAAGUGAUAUGCCUUCAUUGAUGCCUCUUUAAACAUCUUUUCUUGAGCACAUAUUAAAAAGUAGAGAGGAUAGUACACAUCCUUGUCGUACUUCUUCUUAUAAAUACCUCUUUAGAUUUUGGUUUCUCUACUCGUAUUAUGGCUUUCUGAUAUCGGUAUUUUGUAAGGAUUUUCACAUUCUGAUCAUCUGAAUUCUUUCUAUUAAGAUUUUGUAUAUAUUUAUUAUUUAAAUUUCUUAUUUAAGUUUAAAAUUUGCUUAAGUUUUCUUUCAACACUAUAAGCAUAUUCCAAGUGUUAUCUCUCGCACGAUACGUUCAGUUUUACAUGCGCCAGAUGGAUGUUAAGAUGUAAUGCACACACUUAGGUUUUACUGCGGUUUGUUAGUAAUAAAUUGACAUCAUGUUUAAAAUCUCCUCUACUGUCGACUAUAUCUGUAUUACCUUCCGUUACCUCCACUAUCUCUUUCUGCUCAAUUUCCUCUCUUAUAUACUAUGUUAGGUUCAGUAAUUGGGCUGUGCAGUAUUUGUCUGACCUAAAACCUACUUGUUGUGGAAUUAGUUUUGUAUCUAAUUCUUCCUUGAUGCGAUUAAAUACUGCAUGAUAUAUGUAGUUUAUGCAGGUGACAUAGCAGUGAUAUCGAACGGUAGAUACUGGGUAGUUCGGGGUCUUACCCGGGUUUCAGAAGGGCUACCACAUUUGAUAGAUCAAGGCUCCCAAAAGCCCAAGCUUUUGGCCCGAAGUUCUUUAUCUGCUCUGUUUUCAUCAGGAUUUUAGGAUUUCAUCUACGCCAGGUGAUUUUCCGCUUUUCAUGACGUCCAUGCCCUUUUUGGUUUUUCGGUGGUAACUGAAAUUCGCAACAAAGUCGUUUCCUGUUCUUACAUUCUUUUCAUUUUUGGUGCUUUACAUCACUGGUUUGUUAGUGUGCUAUCUGAUUUGGAGUUACUGUGCAUAUCUUUUUUACCUCUGUGGGAUCAGCGUUGUUUUUUAAUAAUAUUCCAAACCUACUUACUGCUGUGUGUCAUGUUCACUUUACUUAGUGUCUCAUUCCAUCGUUUUUGUCUCAGGAGCUCAGUAUCUGUUGCAAUCUGCAGUCUCUUGCUUCGCCGUUAAGACCAGAUAUGUAACGUUGUUGACAUUCUCUGGGUAUGUGCUUACAGGAGAUGUGUUUUUGUGUGUUUUUGACAGAGACAACACUAAAAAGACAGAGCAAGAACAAGUUGUUAAUGGGUUAACCCAGUUUUGUGGAAUAUAGUGUGACUUAAACGUAUUUUUGUAAAUUUGCACCAAAAAUUUUGUAUAAUUUAGUCAUUAAGAUGAUUAGACUGUUGUAAGUAAAAGAUCAAAUAACAUAAUAUAAAAUAGUACAUACAUUAGUAUAGGUACCUUUGUAGACAAUGCUGUAUUAAUAAUUAUAUAUUUAUUUGAAGAAUUUAACUACGCUAUAUUAAAACUGAGUCUUCCAUUUAAAACAAAUAAUAAUCGUAAGGUAAAACGUAUUCAAUUUUAAACAAAAUGUGUAGUAAACCGUUAUACAUAUGGCACAUUUAUUUGUCAACUUAUUGUUGUUUAUCUGUUGUAUGUAACAUUCAUUCUAGAGGUUUCAAAAAGCGCACCACUUUAACUUGAGUCCCUAUUCUGUGCACUAUAAUAGAUAAACCUCUUUAUAUAAUUAUUAAAAAAGUAUUUUAUUACUAUAUACACUGGGUACUACUGACUUAUAAUUUUUUAACAGAUUCAUCAAUAAUCUAUGCUAAGAAAUCAUUACCCAUAUAAAAAAUAAGACCGAAAUCACCUAUUAUAUAUAAAUAAGACCCAAAGAUCGCUCUAGAUAUAGAACAAAGCAAUAAACCAAACUGUUUAUAUCUUCCAAUAUUAUACCAGUUUAAGAUUUGCAGGAUUUGUAGUAUUCCUUUGUAAACAUGCGCUAAGAAAAGGACCAUAUUGAUGUUGAAGUUCACUUCAACCUCUACACCAGAUACUACGAUCUUACGCACUGGCGUUGAGUUUAUUGUUGUGUUGUUAUGUUUAUUUGGAUCUUUAAGAUAUUGUUAAGAUUUCAAAACAGACGCCGGUCCUGACCCGUCUAGCCACUACCGAAUGUUCGAGAUGCGACCUAUUCCCUCUCGCCUUCUCGCAUAUGUACUAGUCUUUUCCAGUAAAACCAAGUGUUAAUAAAUAAAUGAGUAAAAAUAUUACAUUGCUGUAAAGAAGUGAGAUUCUGGAACUAUGUAGUUACUGUCGGAAGUUCAUUAAGAAGUUUGCGGAUAUCGCUAAGUCAUGGACGCGACUUACAGAGGAAGAAAGAGAUUACUGUUGGGAUGAAGACUGCCAAAAUCCCUCAUUUAAAUCACGAUCACGACUGAAUCUAAAGCCCGAAUAAUUCAUCUUAAAUAGGCCAACCCUAUUUUACUGGAAAAAACUAGUACAUACACGAGAAGCCAAAUGGGAAUCGGUCCAUCUCGAACAUUCGGUAGAGGCUAGAUGGCUCAGGACCGGCUUCCGUUUGAAAAUCGUAACAAUAUAUUACAAGUAUAAAAAACCCAAUUUGUUGACAAUAGAAGUAAUUUAGAUUUAAUUUUGUAAAAAUUAUAGAGCAGUGCAUUACAGUGUCUAGAAUAAGUUUCUACUAGUUUGUAUAAUAUUCUGAAAUAUAGCCAAAUGUAUAUAAUUAUUAGUUCUAUGGCAUAUUUUGACAUUUACUUCAAACUACAUACUCUGCUUUUAUACUAUUAAGUAAAAUUAAUAUAUCGUCUAGGAUAGUUAAAAAAGUCAAUGUAACUAAUACGUAAACUUUCGAUAGGUGAGAAAUAACACAUACGUACCCACUUUUUUUAAGGUAGGUACAUUUAAAGUGGGUAAUGAUAAAAGGACCACCUAGAACGAAGUAGAGCUGUCACUGGAUUCAGUCUAGUAAAAUUUGUCUCUAAUUUAUUUUAGAAAGUGUAGAAUGUUGUGCAUCUUCUUGCUUUUUCAUGUUCUAUUACCUAUACCGGGUCGUGAAUUGGAAAACUGGCCAUAGGAAACUCAAUGUAAAAUUCUAAACCUGUUGAAUUCCUGCUUCCCUAAUUAUUUUACAUCAAAAGACAUUAGAAACUAUUUGUAGAGGAUUGAAAUCUGUUUGAAAACAACUGUUAAAAUUGAUCUACGAAUUAAACAUAUUCCAAAAUUUUGUCAAAAUGUAAUAUGUUUUUCAGUUUCUCAGCCCAAAAUUAGGCCACACACAAAGCAAUAGUGUGUCACAAUGAAGUUAUUGUUUUCACAUUUUUGAUUAAUAUUUUUAUUUUAUCAUUUAUUGUUUAAAACAAUACAGUUGAUAAGAUACCCUCAGUUUCGGAGAAAGUAUUAAUAAUAAAGAUUUUUUAUUCAGUCAAUGGUGUGAGCACUGUCAGUUAAAUAGUAUCUAACGUGUGGCCUAACUUUUACACACAUAGGUACCUACUGUGGCAAAUGUAUUAUAUUUUUCAAAAUUUUGGAAUGCGUUUAAAUCGUAGAACAAUUUUACUUUUGAUUUUAAUACAGAUUUCAAUUCGCUACAAAUAUUCUCUCAUGACUUUUGACGUAAAAUAAUUAGGGAAGCAGGAAUUCAACAGUUUAGAAUUUUACAUUGAGUUUCCUAUGGCCCGUUUUACGAUUCGCCACCCGGUAUAUUUGGUUUUCUUCUUCUUAUUACGCCGUCUCCAUUCUAAGGUUGGUGAUUCAAUUGAAAAAACAAUAAUAGCGACUCUGAAAAUUUUGGAUAGGCUAUCAGCGUAUUUGAGCCAUGAAUUCUGUCUUCUUCCUAUUGACCUCUUCUCUUAAAUUUUUCCUUCGGUGAUCAACUGAAGUCAUUUAUAUCUUCUAUAUGUUUACAAUUUCCUGAAACCUUUCUCUAUCGGCUGCUACGCGAAAUAAUUCUUCUGCUCACAUACAUUUUACUUGGAAGUGUGCGAAACCCAUGAUAUUUUUAGGAUCCGUCGAUAGCACGAUAAUUCGAAUUCUUCUGAUUUGUUAAGGAUUGUGGUUGUUAAUGUCCAUUUUCACAACCAUACAAUAGGAUAGGCCACACAUAACAUUUCACAACUUUCUUUCUGACCAGAGAUAGAUUCAAUCAGCUGCCUUUGGGGCUAUUCCACUGCGACCUUUUCAGAUCUGUGAUAGUCCUCUAGCCUUAGAUUACAUUCUCUAUCCAGACCAUUUUGAAAAAGUCUAAUAACUUCGGGACUGAACCUUCCAUGUAGCUCUUUACCUGUGGUUUUUUUCGCCUAAUGCAAAGAACAGCACAUUUUCCAGGUUUUCACACUGAUAUAAAGUGUGCUCUGUUGUUUAUUUUUCUAGGUGACAGGAAAGAGGUCGUCAUCUGCAAAUCCCAUCACCUUCAACUGCCUAUUCAGCUUAGAGUACACUCUGUUGAACGACUUUCUAUGGUUUUGACUGUUUUCCUGUCUUUUUUAUUAGGUCGACCGUAAAUUUUGGCGAAUAUUCUGUAAUGAAUUGUUUUGCCUCUCUUUUUCCUGGUGAAUUCCUCCACCAUUCCAGAGGUUUGCAAGCUACCCACUUUCUUGUAGCCGUUCUUAUUACUGCCUUUACAACGCCGCAGAAGGGUACUGCUCCAACGAAUAGCAUUAAUGCUCCUUGUUUGACAAUUUCAUCUGCUUUUUCAUUGCACUUAUGACCCUCGUGUCCCAGUACCCAGACUAUCGUAACCUUGCUACGGACUCUAGUUUAUUUAGGCAUCCAGACAAUGCCAUACUAGCUUUUCUACCCAUAAUAUGUGAAACAUUCUUCUGUAUAACCACAUAUCAAAUGUCUUAAGACGGUUAGUUAUUUUGCUUUUAAUGUCCACGUUUCAACAUGUUUCAACAAGUUUUCGUUGGAAUUUCGUCACGCUGAAUAGGCAGGUAGUGAGGUGCAAAUUUUAGACCUUUCGUGUCUUCUUUUAUUCAGCAUUCGCUUGGUUUGCAAGUAAUAGAAACCACGAUGGCGUAAUCAGAAACUUGGUCUCAUCAAAGGUUUUAUUUCUCCAGAAAUAAAACUUCGAAUUGUUUUAAGCAGAUGUCGCUACGGCAUCCAUAUCAGAGGCAUUUCCAUUUCAGUUCGUUCAGAGGUAGCCACAUAGGCAUACUCCUCUGAAGAUCUCUAAUGAGAGUGAAACUAGUAAGGGCGUUUAUGGCGCUCUCUGAACGGACUGAAAUGUAGGACGUCUCUUGAUUUAGUUUUACAGCGAAUUCUUUCAUAUCUAAUAAAGUUUCUUUCUGAGAACAAUUCAUUUGUGGUUCGUGUCCUAUAUUCUUAAAUAUCUCUUCAACUUAUUUAUUCUACAUUGCUUCUAUCUUCUCUAAGCCUGCUACAAUUUGCUUAUAGUUCUGGUUGUCGUUUUAUGAACCUUUGUAAUGGACCUGUCUUUUUUUGUUCUUCGCAGACGACCAUACUUGUUUAUUUAUGGUUCUUCGCAGUUGUUUAAUUUCCAUAAAGGAUAUUUUCCCUUUACUUAGUUGGUUCUGGCUUUGUUCGUUUGGUUUGAUUAACCAUUCUAGCUUAACUAUCACAUUCUUUGUCGUAGAAGCUAAAAUCCUUUUUAAACGUGAAGAGAGGCAUAUCAGAGAGAUAAUACGUCUCCUGGAACAACAGAACAAUUAAUAUCUUUCUACAAAACUGUCACAUAUAUCCUAUAUUCUAAAAAAAUACCCAUUAUAUCAAUUACUUACUGUGAUGAGCUACAAGUUCACUUCGUCAAUUUUCAUUGAGAGCAUAUCUGCGAAUAACUCUUAACUAACAGUUGAUGCAGUCAAAAGCCACUCAGUGAUCAGUGAACAAUAUAGACUGCUUUAUAUCAUCAUACUUUUUUUCUGUAGUAAAUUUAUUUUGAAGACAAUACAUUCGUAAAUCCACAUAUCUAUAAAACGCAAAGCAAUAAAACGGUUACAUAACUAUGUAUAGAAAUGAGACUGAAGUAGUUGAUAAAAUUGUUGGCUUACGAAUGGCAACUAUUAAAAAGAAAUAAAUUACGAGGAGGAAAAUAUUAUGAAGAAAAUACGAGAGUCAUUCGUAAAAAAUGUUCCUUAUGCCGCUGAGAAAGAGAUGGCGACGUGCUGGGAGAAAUCUGGCAACAGUGCCUUACACAUCAACUCUACCUCUCUCCACACCACUUUCGCCUCGCUGCAUUGCUUAAUGUCAGCCUAGCAGCCUUCGAAUAUGGAGGUUACGGUCCCUUUUACCGCCAGUGUGAAAUUUAUGCUGUAAUACGUUUUUUAAAUGCAAAAUCGAUUUUCUUAUUGACAUGCAUUGUCAGUUAACCCUCUUUUGCUCAAACGAAGAAAUCCUCAACCCAUGAUAAUUUACUUUCAGCAUUUUCUUGUUUUAAGGGCUAAUUAAGCAAAAAUCACAUUUAAGAUUAUUUCCGCCCCCCUCAGCCCCAAAAAAGGCGUUAAAAAUGUGUAUCUUAUGAGAUACAUAGAGCACGACAAACCAUUAUUAUAUGGUGGGAAAAUGAGUUACAAAUAGCAUACUUUUAUUGUAUAAUAUUUGUGUUAAUUCAAAAAAGUUAUCUUAAGAAUGUAAUAUAAAUAAUAAAUACAAAUUAAGUAUAUUAUACAAUAAUUGUACAAGUGUAUAAUAAUGUAAGUGUAUAAUAUUAUCAUAAGUAUGUGACGAUAUUCAUAAAAACAGUUUUUAUUGGUAUGAAACAUUAUCUAAUGUCACAGUUUGAACAACGCACAGUAGUUUGUCGUUUCUGACACUUUCUGCAUCUACCUCUGUCACCAUAAUUGGUAAAAUUUCCUACACCGUCAUACCAUAGUUCCUUUCCAACAGAUGAAGGUGAAGGUCUAACUAACAGCGCUCCGGUUUUUUUCUAGCUAAAUUUUGAGCAGGGUCUAGUUUGAAAGCUUUAAGUGACAUUGACAAAUUAUUUGAAAAUGUUUUGAUGUGCCCUUGGAUACCUACACACUGUCACAAUUAGGACCAUGCUGUCCAAUGUGUACUGGAAGAUACAUUUUAUAAAAGUAUUUUGCAAAUAAACCAGAAAGUAUUAGUGCAUAAAACUUGUGAACAAAUAAACUUAAAUAACAUAAUAAUAAGUCACUUCAACAGGUUUUCAUAAAAAAAUAUAAUAGAAUAAUAACAGUAAACUUAAUUUACCUCUUGUGUUGAUAGCUUGAAAAACGCGCACACUCACAGAACAAGAAAAUAAAUCCACAUAACUUAAUACUUUGAAACAGUUUAAAUCAAACAAAGAUAGCCAAAUGUAUAGAGAAAGAACAGUUGAUUGUGACAUCAAGAUUUGAACUAUUGAAAAGGCCCGCAAUAUUUAAAAAAUCAAUUAUGUAGUCAUGUAUCUUGUGAGAUACAUUGGGUAAAACAUGGUUAAUCGAAGUAACAUGUUCGCAAAUGAUGUAGAUAGAGAAUUCAGUGAAGGCCGAACGGAAAUUCACGAUGAAGAUCGGAGCGAAAGACCUUGAGAUUGAUCGUGAAUUUCCGUUCGGCCUUCACUGAAUUCUCUACACCAUUUUCGAUCAUGUUGGACAUAUAUGCACCUUUAUCCGUAAACUGCAAUUAACUGACCAUGAAUGUCAAUAGGUGAAAUUCAUUUUGCAUUUAAAAAAACGUAUCACAGCAUAAAUAUCACAUUGACUGUCAGCGACCGUGACCCCCAUCUUCGAAGGCUGCUAGGCCGACACUGAGCAAUGCAGCGAGGCGAAGCUGGUGGGAUUAAGAGAGAGGGAGAGCUGAUCUGUAACGCAGUGUUGCCAGAUUUCCCCCGCACGUCGCAAUUUUUCUCUGCGGCUGCGGCUUAGGGAACCUUUUGUACGAAUGACCCUCGUAUAUUAAGAAGAAAAAUGUAAAGAGCAUAUCACAUUUUAAUAUUUAUUGUCUAAAAUGUACUUUUUCACAAGUAUUGUAUAUUUAUGUAUUCGCAUCCAUUGUAGUAUCAUAUCAUAUUCGCAUCCAUUGUAAAAACAGCGUAUGUAGUUUCUAAACCUUCCCAGUUUAUAGCUAGACACAUACUUUAAUUAUCUCUAUUAAGAGUGAAUGUAAAUAUAUAAAUAAAUAACUUUGGGUGAGUGGCGCACUUUUUGAAUUUAUUAUAUAUUGAAAUAACGCGUAGUUUCAAUUACAAUUAUAUAAUAUGAUAUUAAA